AUGUAUUAUCUUCGUGACAUUGUUAUGAUCAAGGCUGAGGAAGGACUGUGUCAUAUCGGCCAAAUUACCCGCAUUCACAUUCAGCAGUCGGACGACAAUGGUUGGGUUCGAGUAAGGAUGUUUGGAAGAAUUAACAAGUUGGGCCUCCGACCCUCGGAAGAGCUCAAGGAUGAGGUGAGGGUACACAGCCCAUUAUUAUUGGAAAAUGCCAUGUCUACGUGCGAGCGGCUUGUGCCAGAGCUCAAAGAAUGGCUCGAAAAUGUCGCCCUAUCACUUCUAAGGCUUGCUACUCCUUCCCGAGCCUCGUUAAUUUUGGAGAAGCAAAAACCCCUUCGUGCUUUGGACCCGUUCGCCGGAGCCGGAGCUUUCGGGAUGGGGUUGGAGGAAUACGGCUGCAUCGAAGUUACCCAUGCGGUCGAAAUUUUCUCCGAGCGCCGCAAAGACCUUGAAAUCAUAUACCAAUCUCGAGGUUAUGCCAUUGGAGAAAAUAGAAGUCGGAUAUCACAGAGGACCCCUACAUCCCCCGCCCCGCCAAAACCUGAGGACAUCAAUUGUAUCAUUGCUGGGUUUCCCUGCCAGCCCCAUUCGCGUCUGAACAUGUUCGUCAAAGCAAAUGACCGCAAGAGCAACCUUAUCCUCAACGUCUUAUCGGUUAAAGGGGGUACCCCCAUGGGCGGAUUGAAAUUCUUGAUCCGGGCAAUGACUGACAUGAACUACCAAGUGUGCUAUGGUAUCCUACAAGCUGGUCACUACGGCACUCCUCAAACUCGUGUGCGGUUUUUCAUGAUCGCGGCAAA